UGUAUGCUAAUCGUCAGCAACGACAUUUUCGAAAAAGUAUUAAUACGCAAGAGUUGUGGAAGGUAUAGAAGUAUUUUACGUACGCGAAAAUGAAUCUUAAACUACGUUUAUUAUUUGUGUUUGUUAUCGUCAUUUUAAUACACGAGAUAACAUCUAAGCAGCAAUUAUAUCCAUCAUUAUGCCUAUUGCCUAUGAAAAUGGGUCCUUGUAGAGCAGAUAUACCGAGAUACGCGUACAAUUCAGCUUCCGGACAAUGCGAACAAUUCAUAUAUGGUGGCUGUCAUGCAAAUGCAAACAAUUUCAAAACUAUGUCCGAGUGUGAAAUGACAUGUAAAACUAUAUAACGAUGAAUAAAAACGAUAAGCAAGAUUCAGU